CAAUUUUGAAUAAAAAUUCAAAUUAUCAUGGCUUGCCUGGCAUUGUUAAGACUAUUAGAAGAUCAGCUCAUUGAUAGUUACUACACACUCUGAAAAACAGAAUGUAGAACUGGGUUUUAUAAAGGCUGAACUGUAACAUACAGGAGGGCCCAGCCUAUAUAAUUCUUCCUGUUAAUACUUUAAGACCACUAAUGGAGGAAUCGGGGUUUCUUACCACUGCACUUCUGUGGCUUUUAAGAUAGUACUUGAGUUUUAAAUACCCAAGUAUUUUUUAAGACUCAUGAGGGAAUUACCUUAACAAUAAAAUUAGUUGGGCUCUUCUGAUAUUGCCUUUUUGUAAGAAAAAAUUUCAGUGAUAAAAUUAAUUAUCAUUUUUCUUUGCUUAUAGACUUCGCAUAUCAUUUAAGUGGAUGGUUCGAGCUUUCUCUGGAUACUUAGCUACAGAUCAACUCUUGCUUUUGUGGGAUAGAAUCCUUGGAUACAACUCUCUGGAAAUUCUUGCUGUCCUGGCAGCUGCCGUGUUUGCUUUCCGAGCAGUGAACCUGAUGGAGGUGACAUCACUGGCUGCAGCUGAAGCAGUUCUUGCUGACCUUUCUACUUUAAAAGUUAUGCCUCUUCUUCAAAUUUUUCUGUUUGCUACUGUCACCUGAUCUUCUUCAAGGUCACUGACAACACAUCUAAUUUUCCAUUAGAAGCUAAUCAUGAACUAUGCAAACUCUGCAUAAAACCAAAAUUAAACUUUGCAUAUAAGCCAAUAAAGAUCAUGUUCCCUCCUCAGUUAAA